CUUGGUUCAAUCUAAAUACUGUAUUCCAUGUAUUUGCAGGUAUUGUAGUAGAAAAAAAGCUAUUCGUUAGAAAAACAUUGAACAAAGUACACGUUCGUCUUUCUAGAGUAUCUAGACCCUCAAAUAAGACCGUUUGGACUCCGAAACAUAAGGAAACACGGAUCAAGUCUGAACUUCAUUGAAAACAUGGCAGAACAACUUCCGGCUGAAAACAUUUCUGCAUCGGACAGCUUACCGGAUGGCUUCCCGAAUGUCUGCCUCAUAGGAAAACUCAAACCUUACCUGAGCGAAUGGUCGAUCUGUGCCCGCGUCAUCCAGAAAUCAGGAAGGCGUUCGUAUAUGAAUAAAAGUAAAAAUUACUUCUCCAUGGUACUUCUUGAUGAAUCGGGGGAAAUCCAAGCCGUUGCCUUCGAUGAAGAGUGUGCUCAAUUUUAUGAUAAAAUCGAGGUCAACAAAGCCUACUACUUCUGCUCAGCAUGGGUGAAAAAAGCCAGUGAUUUUAAUUCCUGCAAGCAUGAUUACGAAGUGCGCUUCACAGACAAAACGAAGGUUGAACUCUGCACUAUGGACGAAGCCAUUCCCUUUUUGCAGUUUGAAUUCGUCCCCCUCGGCGAGCUGGAGAGAGAACACUCAAAGUUUGAGAAGUGCACUCAUGUCGACGUGAUUGGUGUGUGUGAUUGGCAUGACGUGACCACUGCGCAUCCUAACGGAGAACCAAUAAUUGGUACAAAAGGGCGUUCCGCAGGCAGGUCUCUGCGUAUGGGAAAAUUCUACCUUCAAGACGGCACCGGUAACAUAUUUUUGACGCUGUGGCAAGAACAAACGGAUUAUUUCGACGUAAAGAGCAACCCCGUGAUAGCGAUAAAAAGGGCUAAAAUUGAUAAGCGUUAUGGCGGACUCACUCUCGAUCAAAGCUCCAGGCUUCAGAUCGACCCCGACAUCGAGGAAGCGCAUCAACUGAAAGCUUGGUGGAAGCAGACUGGCGAAAGAAAUAGGGCAACAUGGAGCAGCGUCCCCCCCCUUUUUUAGACUGAAAUUUUGAUGAAGUUUUAAUUGCUACGAGUAUCCGGGACUCGUCGAGGUAACUCCAUUAAGGAACUUGAAAUUCUGCUUUCAAUCACUUCAUUGAACCGCCCGUUCUUCAAAGAUUUCUAUACAUCAGCAUAUGAAUUGUCAGAUUCGGCUUCCUCAUACAACUGGCCCGAUCAACGCCAGUUGCAAGUUCAAAUCAAUUUGAAUAAAUAUCAGCUGACUC